GGAGCAAAACAAUUAAUAAUUUGAGACGAACUCUUUCCGUCCUUUCACUCUUUGCAUUCAACACACUGCUCUCUGGCGUGGAAGGUCUGCUCAAGACCAUUCAUUUAAAAUCCAGGCACAAAUCACAUUUUACGUGUGUUUAUUUAACUACGCCAGAACAGAGUGAGCAAACCCCGCCAACCACGCCGUUGUAAAGAGCAGCCCCAGUACUAGGGAACUCAUCUCUUUUACCAAAUGCUGAACUUGGGGCAAAACUACGAGCAUUGCCCGGGCAUAGGGAAGGAGGAUCCCGCUCACGGAGGCAAGAGCAGACCCGGGGGCUGCAUCAUUCCCAGGAACAAAGGAAGGAAUACAGUCGAUACAUUCCAUAACGUUUACAUUUUCCCGCGAUUUUUUCUUAAUUUUCCCUUAGAAGUAGUGACCUGGGCAAAGCACCCCGCUAUCUAAAAGACACUGUUAUAGACCUUUUAGAAAAACUAAGUCCAAGGCCGAGGUGAACUUCAGGUCACCGCGUCUAACAAAUAUGAAAAUGUCGCCUGGUGAAGGGCACGCCUUGUUAUUUAACAAAGACUGUCAAUGUGUAAGAUUAAUAAGAAACAAAAUGCACACGGUGUCACUUUUCGGUCACUUUGAAACUUGGGACAGCCUCGCAUUCAAGAAGGGAAAGCUGGGGCUAAAUAUAUUCAAAAUGGUUCAAAUCAAAUUCAAACCAGGCUGCUAGUACGAUUCUUCCUCCUCCUACCGCUCUCGGUGGAGGAUGCCCGGGCACGGCGAAAGGUCUGCCCAGAGAGGCCAUUGGAGGAAGAGUGCCACGUGACAGAGGGGUGCCAAUGUUAUUCUCCAAGGGUGUCAAGACCCUGUCAGUUUGCGAAAUAAAUAUUGGGAAACAACGAAAUGCAAAAAGCGACCUACUACGACAGCUCUGCAAUCUAUGGUGCCUACCCCUACCAAGGAGCAAAUGGUUUCACUUAUAAUGCGAGUCAGCAGCAAUAUCCUCCAUCUUCAUCACUCGUGGAAACUGAGUACCACCGUCCCGCUUGCUCCCUCCAGUCCCCCGGCAGCUCUGUGUCCCACCACAAGGCCAAUGACAUCAGUGAGAGUUGCAUGAGGACCCUCCCCAGCCAGCCUCUCCAGCCCCCUGGCCUCGCUGACCCACAGGCCCCACCACAGCCGCCUCCAGCCCAGCAGACACAACCUCCACCUCCAUCCUCUGCUUCACCAUCUCAAAAUGCCAGCAGCAACCCUGCCCCAGCCAACCCCACCAAGAGCCCAGCUCUUAACUCACCCACCAUGUCCAAACAGAUUUUCCCGUGGAUGAAAGAGUCUCGGCAAAACACAAAGCAGAAAACCAGCAGUUCCAGUUCAGGUGAGAGUUGUGCUGGUGAUAAAAGCCCUCCGGGGCAAGCUUCCUCUAAGCGAGCCCGUACAGCUUACACAAGUGCCCAGCUGGUAGAACUGGAAAAGGAGUUCCACUUCAAUAGGUACCUUUGCAGGCCACGAAGGGUAGAGAUGGCUAAUUUGCUCAAUCUCACAGAAAGACAGAUCAAAAUCUGGUUUCAGAACCGCAGAAUGAAAUAUAAAAAGGAUCAAAAGGGCAAGGGCAUGAUGACCUCUUCAGGAGGACAGUCCCCAAGCAGAAGCCCUGUCCCUCCGGCUGCUGGAGGAUAUCUAAACUCUAUGCAUUCUUUAGUAAACAGCGUCCCCUACGAGCCCCAGUCGCCUCCACAAUUUAACAAGCCUCAUCAAAACACCUAUGGCAUCCCUGCAUCAUAUACUGCUCCUCUUAAUAAUUGCCCACCUCCUCAAAAGAGAUACACGGGGACGGCAGCUGUGACACCUGAAUACGAUACUCAUCCUCUUCAAGGCAAUGGUUAUGGGAAUCCACAUAUACAGGGAAGCCCCGUCUAUGUAGGGGGCAACUACGUGGAGACCAUGACCAAUUCUGGGCCUUCCAUCUUUGGUCUAACUCAUCUCCCUCAUCCUCCCUCUGCCAACAUGGACUACAGCGGGGCUGGGCCAAUGGCCAACAAUCACCACCAUGGACCUUGUGAUCCACACCCAACAUACACAGACCUUACUGCUCACCAUCCUUCUCAGGGAAGAAUUCAGGAAGCGCCCAAACUCACCCAUCUGUAGGAGACAGGAGUCACUAAGUCGAACACCAAGCCCCCAGCUUUUGGAAAGUACUUAGCCCUUCCCUUCUCUCUCUCUCUCUCUCUCUCUCUCCUCCCCUCACCAUGUGCCCUCCCCUUCCCUUCUUGUUUCUUUUGUCCAUUUUGGUUUGUUUUGUUUCUUUUGGUAAAAGCGUUUUCUAGUUUAUGUGACGUAGCAAUAUUUGUUGCUUGAAUUGCUCUAUAGUUUCACUAGUGGAUAUUUAUCUUCUUGAACUGUAGCCUUGUGUCUCACUUUGGGAGUAUGCAGAGGCUUUAUACUUUACCUUCUACACUUUUAUCAAAAACAGGGUAUAUGAAACAAAUUUUUCUAUAAAAGGAAUUCUUAAAUGUGAAUUUGUUCGUACAUGAUUGAUCCCACGGGGAAGCAAUUUUUUUUAUUGCACUUCUUUUAAAGAGCAAGAAAGACAUCAAAAGCGCUUGGACAGGGACUCCCUGGACAAUUAUUGAUACGUGUAAGUCUUUCAGUGUGUGUAUGCUGGUGAACAUUCAGAUUUAUUUAUUUUUUUUUUUUUUUUUGCAAACAUUGAAUAAUCUAAGUGUUUAAAAUUUUAUUUAUCCCCAUUUGUUCAUAUUUAUAUAUAUAUAUAAAAAAUCUGUAACCCUGAAUAUUCAGGAAGUAUUUACCUGGCCAUAUGUUAGAUGGGCAUAUCGGCACGCGUAGGAAGUAUCAUUUGAAAGGGAACUAUAACUCCUUUUAUUAAAAGUGGUGGUAACAAUGAUUAUGACGACGCAAUAAAAUCUGGGAAAAAAGAUCACAGUUUGAAUACUUUAUGCUUGUACCAUCCAGCUAGGUGGAAAGCGUGUGAAGCUGAAAAGGCUAGAUUUGUUUUGAAAGUUAUA